UUCUCUAAACCACCAUUACAUGAACCUUUUACUUGAAAUAGUACCUUCAAUGGAGUUCAAGAAUCACUUCAAUUCUCUUUCACUUUGAGUUCCAUCACUCUCAAAACCCCAUUCCACUCUUCUCCACUACCACUUUCAGCAACACACUCCUAAACUCACUCACUUUUUCACACUUUUCUUUUUCCAAAAUGCUUUUCACAUUCAUUGUGUUUUUCCCUCCUCUACUUCUUCUGACACACUCUUUCCGUUCACCAUACCAACCUCUUUCCACACACUUUUCUUCAUUCUCUUCACGUGCCCUUCUGACAUUUUUCUAGUUUUUAGUUCUUCUCUCUCUCAAUCAUCCAUCUUUUUCUCUUCAAAAGUCUUUGCUUUACCUUAUUGGAAACUUCAAUUUCUUAUCUUUUUUCUAUUUCAAUGGUUGUAAUCUCUAUUUACCUUUCAAAGGGUAUGCAAAGUUUACAUUUUUAUACUGUUUUGAUAUACUAUAUAUUCAUGUAUUGAUUCAAGUAGUAGGGUUUUUGAUCUUGUUAUUAUUAUCAUUAUUAUUAUUAUUAUGGAGUCUUGGAAUUUUGUUUCUCAAGAUAAAGGUUCAAUCUUGGGCUGGGAUUUGAAAACCCCAUCUAGUUUUUUAGGUCAACAAAGCAUUGAAAAUGAGAAUAGUCAAAGUUUUGAGGAAUUGGGUUUUCAUGGAAUGUUGGGGAAACAAUUGACUAAUGUUGAAAAUGAUGAUGAUGAUGUUGUUGUUGGAACUAGCAAAAUUGUUACUAGUAGUAGUUCUGUUGUUAUGGCUGCACCAAAUGCUUGUAGUUCACUCAUUGAUUUGAAGCUUGGUGGGUUUGGUGAUCAUGGAGAUGCAAUUGGUGCAUCAUUCUCCAAGGGGAUGUCGGCGUCGACUGGAUCGUUAAAACCGACUAAGAGGGUUCGGUCUUCGGGAUUGAACUUGCAGAUUGCUUACUGUCAAGUUUAUGGAUGUAAUAAGGAUCUGAGUGGUUGUAAAGAUUAUCACAAGAGGCAUAAAGUUUGUGAGGUUCAUUCAAAGACUUCUAAAGUUAUUGUUAAUGGAAUUGAGCAGAGGUUUUGUCAACAAUGUAGUAGGUUUCAUUUGCUGGCUGAAUUUGAUGAUGGUAAGCGUAGCUGUCGUAAACGUCUUGCAGGCCAUAACGAGCGCCGAAGAAAGCCACAAGUUGGUAUUCACUCAGGAAGGGCUGGGAGGUUUCUUCAACCAUAUGGCGAUAGCAGAUUCCAGGGAAGCAUGCUAACAUCAGCAUCUUUUAUAUGCCAAGAUAUACUCCCCGGCGAGGUCUUUUCUUCCGAGAGAUGUGGAACUAGUAACUGGUGGAGACCUAUAAAAGCCGAAGACGGAACCGGAUCUAGUUUUAGGCCUCUUUCUUCUAUUCCAAUUACCAAUGCACAUCCUCAUUCAAGAACUCUAUUUCCUUCAUAUAGCGAUAAACAAUUUCCUUUUCUACACGAAAAUGUUCCUGUGUCUGCUACAGGAAGCAUCUUCUGUGAAGACAAUAGUCAAUAUCCUUCUAUCCUCGAAGGCUCGAAUACCAGAUCACAAUCAUUAUUCCAAGAUACCUCCUUAGGAAGCGAAGACUUCAAUGUUUUUGAAACAGAAUCGACUGUUCAAGGAUUAUCGGGAGUAUCAGAUGGUGGUUGUGCUCUCUCUCUUCUGUCAUCUCAGUCUCAGAACUCUUCAAGCCAAUCGUCGGGAAUUCCCGUGCCUCGUCAUUUGGUCGGUCCAAGCAGCCAUAGCCAUAGCCAUUAUCACAUGAGUCAGGUUUCCGAAAAGAUGAUAGGAAUGGGUUCACAAGCAUCAAGUGGCCUGUCGGAUAGGUUUCCGUCUGAAUUAAAUCCGACAGAUCGAAAUCAUCUCAGUCCUAUACUGAUAUCAGACAAUAAUGAAACUGUCCAUUUCGAAAUGGCUGAUCGGUUUUUUCAAGGGUCCGAUUUUGUCAACGUGAAAGGCCGUCUUUCUUGUGAAGACGGAACAACCAUUGACUUGCUUCAACUUUCGUCACAACUUCAGCGCGUCGAGCAUCAGACACGAGCCUUGCAGGUGAAGCAAGAAAAUGGUUCUUCUUGCUCUCUCCGGAUUACUUAAGAUACUUUUGACAGGAAAGAACUCGUGCAUGUUAUGACAGACACCAAUGCUAGUAAUCUUGAUCAAUACAAGACAUAGAGAAGGAGAAACUUAGUAUCUGGCAAUCCUGCAACUCAUGAGAUACUAACUAGAUUAAGUAGCUUUCUUGUGCCGAAUACGAACGAAUAUCUGACCGAAGGUUGUGAUGCAAUAGUCCGAAUAUCUGACCGAAGGUUGUGAUGCAAUAGUCCGAAUAUCUGACUAAAGGUUGUGAUGCAAUAGUCCCUCUUAAUCUACAUAAAAUCCAACUAGAAUGUAUAAUAAUAAAGAAAAGCCUGAGAUGUAUCAAAGUGUGACAUUCAGGUUUUGUAAAAAAUACUUCAAUCUGAAGUUUAAUGAUGUUCAAAUUUUGAUGAAUGUUAAUUCUAGAGUAAUAGUAAAUACAUUAUUCCAUCUUAGUAUU